AUGCCGUUGGAAAAGAUAUACGUUGUCAGACAUGGGUUCCGCUCCAGUUGGUCGGUUGAUCCGAAGACAGGCGCGUACAUGGGCAUCCCGUCGCCAACCGGCAUCCAGGGCGAUCCCGCCCUCACUUCGUAUGGGAUCGAUCAGGCCAAGGAACUGGGAAGGCAUCUCGGAACCUUGAACCCGGCGGUAGAGAAGGUCUACUCGAGCCCGUUUUACAGGUGUCUGCAGACAAUGGUGCCAUUUAUGGACCUUCAGCGGGAGAAACUAGGCGCACAGAAUGGUCAGAGGCCGCGAGUGCCUGCUGGCGAGUCUGACGAGACGGCGAAAUCCUUGCUCACCGGCACAGUGGUGACCAAGAUGCUCCCCGAGCAUGGCAUUCGUGAGUGGUUCGGAUCAGCGCCGUUUGAUCACCCGGAGCCAGCUGCGCCUGGGGUCCUCAAGGCCAUGUUCCCCUCGUACGAUGAGAGCUACACGUCGGCUGCGAGGCCGUCCAGCAAGGGCGAGACCCUGGAGCAGUUGCAGCAGAGGAUCACCAAGGCCUUGAGGGGUAUCAUUCAACAGUGUGAUGAUGACGGCACGCGGGCGAUUGUCCUGUGCAGCCAUGCAGCAGUGAUUAUCCUUAUCGGCCGCAUUCUUACCGGCCUGAUCCCGGCCAGUGUUGACGUUGAUGAUUUCCAAGCCUACACAUGUGGUUUGAGCGUCUACAGCCGCAGCAGCUGUGGCGUCGCUGAAGGAAGCAAUAUCUCUGACACCCGCGAUGACCGCCAUCCAACUUCAUCAUCAACACCAGAUACAUUGCAGGCGAAUCAGAUCGGCGGCUGGGAUUGUGAGUUAAACAGUGAUUGCAGCUUCUUGAGCGGAGGUGCAGAACGAGGAUGGAAAUUCACGGGAGAUGAAUCAUUUCCCGACACAGGAUCUUUGUCCCAAGUCGAGCCUGGAUCUAAACUCUAG